UCUGGAGACGUGUAUGUGGUGGGGGGGCUCAAAGUUUUGUUCCGCGGACGGGGGCGCGCCGACUGGCGCGUAGCUGGAGGAUUGUGAGGUUAAAUCAAGAGGAGACGACCAAAGCAGUGUGACUGUGUAGUCUAUAGUGACUGACAACGGCGCGAGAACUGGGCGCAGCAAAGGGAUUGACCCUGGAUUACUUCCCUCACCUGGACGGACGAACAAUCGGGAACAUCUCUCUCUCUCCUAUUCAAAUUGUCGGAUUACAGUGGCACAUCACUUGUCAGUAAGACCUGUGUGUGCUCGCGGGAUGGCACGCGCUUUGAGUAGAACAGUGUCUGCCGCAGGGAUGUUACUUUGGGGACUGUCGCUACUGUGGUCGGCGCUAGGAGUAUUGGGCUUUAACCUGCACACGGAGAAUCCCGCCGUGUACCGCGGACCGGAUAGGAGCUACUUCGGUUACUCGGUAGACUUCUAUCAAGCUACCCCCGACAGCAAUACGUUGAGUGUGCUGGUUGGGGCUCCCAAGGCGAACACGUCUCAGCCAGGCAUCAUAGAAGCAGGAGCCGUCUACUACUGCUCUUGGCCCCAGCAGGGAGACGGAUGCAGACAGAUACCUUUCGACAGCGCCAAUAACAGGAUGAUCAAGGUGAACGGGACCAGAGAGCCCCUGGAGUUCAAGUCUAACCAGUGGUUUGGUGCUUCAGUCAGGACACACAAGGGCAAAGUGGUGGCCUGUGCUCCUCUUUACCACUGGAGGACGGUUAAGGUGAGCGGGGAGAAGGACCCGGUGGGGACGUGCUACGUGGCCGUCCAAAACUUCAGCGCCUACGCUGAGUAUUCCCCUUGCAGGACCAAUGAUCCAGACCCAGAGGGACAGGGGUUUUGCCAGGCUGGAUUCAGUGUGGACUUCACCAAGGAAGGAACGUUGGUGGUUGGAGGACCAGGGAGCUACUACUGGCAAGGUCAGGUGAUGACGGCAGGUAUAGCAGAGAUACUGAACGGGUACUCACUGAAGGCCGUCCUGAGAAGGGUUCCUGGAGAGAAGCACACCAUCGCUGCUGCAGACACACAUGAUGACAGCUACCUAGGUUACUCUGUGGCGGUGGGAGAGUUCACUGGAGACUCAGAGCAAGAGUUGAUAGCCGGGGUUCCAAGAGGGGCUCAGAAUUUUGGAUAUGUGGCUAUCAUCAACUCCACAAAUCUGACCUUCAUUCAGAACUUCUCCGGAGAACAGAUGGCUUCCUACUUUGGGUAUUCUCUAGCGGUGACUGACCUGAACGGAGACGGGUAUGACGACGUGCUGGUGGGUGCGCCCCUCUACAUGCAGAGAGAGAUGGAGAGCAAGCCCAGGGAGGUGGGGAGGGUGUACCUCUACCUCCAGCUGUCCCCUCUCUCCUUCUCUCCUCCCGUCCUCCUCACUGGCACACACACCUUCGGACGCUUUGGCUCCGCUAUCGCUCCCCUGGGAGAUCUCAACCAGGAUGGAUUCAAUGACGUGGCUGUGGGCUGUCCCUUCGCUGGUGAGGAGCGUGGAGGGAGGGUGCUCAUCUAUAAUGGCCGGAGAGAUGUCCUAGGCCGAGGCCUGACCCUGAGCCAGGAGCUGAAAGCAGCCUGGGCCUCCAGCAGUGGCCUGCCCGGCUUUGGGUUUACCCUGAGGGGGGACCGAGACCUGGACAACAACCAGUACCCUGAUUUGAUAGUGGGGGCGUUUGGAGCAGGGGAAGUGUCUGUGUACAGGGCUCGUCCUGUUGUAUCAGUGGAGGCUCAACUUCUGCUAAGUCCCAGAAUCCUCAACCCUGAUGAUCGCCAGUGCACACUGCCAGACUCUGAUAUCAGAGUUACCUGCAUCAGAGUGGAUGUGUGUGUGGAGGUGAGCGGUGUGGGGAUCCCUGACUCUGUUGUCCUAAAAGCAGAGCUUCAUCUUGAUUGGUUGAAAGGACACAGGGGUGGAAUUAAGAGGAUUCUCUUCCUGGAUACACACCAGCCCCAGCGAACUGGGGUCCUGACAGUGGGGCAGCACAGUCCUCACAAUUGCCUGAAUUAUCAUGUAUACCUGCGGGAUGAGGAGGAGUUUAGGGAUAAGUUAACUCCUAUCUCAUUCGCUCUCAACUACAGUCUGGCUCCUCCCCCCUCUGAAAUGGACAUCCCACCAGUCCUGAACCACUACAGUAGCUCCUUCCUGCAGGAGCAGGCCUACAUCCUACUGGACUGUGGAGAAGACAACGAGUGUGUUCCUGACCUGCAUCUGUCUGCCACCAUGGACCGCUCAGAGCUGGUCAUCGGGGACGACAACUUGGUCAUGUUGACCAUAAAUGCAGUUAACCGUGCAGAGGGAGCGUACGAGACAGAACUGCAAACAUUACUGCCUCCUGAGGCGGACUACAUAGGAGUGGAACGCAAGGUGGAGUCUCUGUCCAGGUUAAACUGUGAGUACAGAAUGGUGAAUAAGUCCAGACUGGUGGUGUGUGACCUGGGAAACCCGAUGGUGGCUGGGACAGAGUUGUCUGUGGGUCUGCGGUUCUCUGUCCAGAGACUCCAGGAUGCCGGCCCUCACAUCAACUUUGAGCUCCAGAUCCACAGCUCAAACAAAGACAACUCCCACAGUAACCCUGUCAACCUGACUCUGUCCAUCUCUGCCCAUGCACAGCUUGACCUGCGAGGGGUGUCUCAUCCCUCUCAGGUAGUCCUUCCGUUCCCACGCUGGGAGCCCAAAGAGAAGCCUGUGAAGGAGGAUGACGUGGGACCUCAGGUCACACACAUCUAUGAGCUCCACAAUUCUGGUCCCAGUAGUAUUAGGGAGGCGGAGCUCCAGGUUGGCUGGCCUUCCCGUUUCCGUGACGAAAACUUGCUUUAUGCCAUGGAGAUAAAAACAGAUGGACCAAUCAGUUGUGAAACCAACAGCAGUCUGAACCCCUUGGGUCUGCAGACGUCUUCUCUCCAGGACACUCCAGAGCUGCUUGGCUUCCUGAAGAACAGCACUAGUGGUCCUCACCGUCACAGGAGAGCUGUCACUGGUGCUGAGAGCUACAGUAGCAAGACCCUGAACUGCAGCAACAUCAUCUGUCUGAACAUUCUGUGUGUGGUUGGUCGGUUGGAUCGCGGUCAGAGUGCUGUGGUCAAGAUACGCUCUCGCCUCUGGGCUCACACCUUCCUCCAGAGGCGCAACGACCCGUACCUUCUCAACUCCACCAUGUCGUUCAGAGUGACAUCCCUGCCCUACCGCAUCCAGCCCCCUUCCCUUCCCCGACGCAUCACCUCGAUGGGUACGCUGGUCCUGUGGGGUACCCCUGAUGUGGCGUUUGCUGUUCCACUGUGGGUAAUCAUCCUGGCUAUACUACUGGGACUGCUGGUUUUGGCCAUACUAACACUGGCUAUGUGGAAGUGUGGGUUCUUUGAUCGGGCGCGUCCACCAGCGGGGGAUGACAUCUCUGACCGGGAGCAGCUGACCUCCGACCAAGCAGCAGACGCCUGACACACUGCACAAUUCUGAUUGGAGGAGGCGGUUUGGGGGGAGCCAGGCUUCUUGGAGGUGACUCAAAUCAAUGGAACAGAUCUGAGAUCUGCUGGUUGGCCACAGACUCCCAGAUCCAGAGCCUUAACAGACUGGUCCAGAUCCAGCCAGCAACACAGAGAAACCAGCCCUGCAGAGUCACUGUGUGACCAUGUUUCUGUGUACCUGUGUGUGUUCCCUGGGCUCAGCUGAACAGGCAGUGAGGAAGGGGGGUGGGGGUGGGGGGGUUGGAUACAUUCUUUCUUAUAUAGUAGACACCAUGGCUGUCUGUCACUCUGUCUGUCUGUCUGUUUGUUUGUCUGUCAUCACUCUGUCUGUCUGUCUGUCUGUCUGUCUGUGUGUGUGUUUAUCUGUUACUCUGUUAUCUAUCGUUCUGUGCUUGCCAUAAACACUGCCUCCUCUCCUCUCAAUGUUGAAUGCAUUCCUCUCUGUUUAUGUUGACAGUAGUUCUGACAGAAGUAUAGUUUUAUAUACGUAACACACACAUGGGAGACAUGUAUAUCUAUGAAUGAAUGGUGUAUGUGCAAUAUUUGGACAUGAUACUGAAGCGUGUUUACACUGGCAUUAUUUUAUUUGAGCUUGAUUUUUCCGAUUGUUGUAAAUAAGUGCUCUCCUAGCAUAUUCCAAACCCUGAAGGGAUCAGGACCCUAAACAGAUUCAGACUGAUCUGGAUUUAAAGGGAAAUGUUUAAAAAAACUUUUAAAGAUUUUAUUGUUAAAUAUUAUGUGAGGAAAUUCACUCAAAACAAAAGAAUCCCCAAAUCUUUAGAUGACCUGUCAAAUCAACUCUAGAUAUUGUGUCACAUGUAACUAUUAAUGUUGUAGAAGUCAAUAGGGGAAAAGGGAAAAAAAAAACAUUAUAAAAAUAAAGAUUAUGAAUCAACUCCUCCAGAAUCAUGUUAUUAGAACAUGCUAUUACAUGCAUAGAUACUGUGGUUUAGAAUCAUGGAUACAGUACAGUAUGUAAAUAUGUAUGUAAAUAUCCCUAACUAGCAUACUUUCAUCACAUAUUGGAUUGCUGUUUUGGUUAGCAUACCAUUGGAUGAUGGAUUGUUCAAAUAAAGUGUCCUUAA